AAGUGAACAUCCCGUGCAUAAAGUAUUAUUGCCGUGCAUGUUUGUCAUUCAAGUAAUCGUAUAGUGUGUUAUUGGAUUCAAAUAUACCGAGUAAAUUGUAGAUAUCAUAGACAUCAAUCACAGCAAUGAUACUUGACAAUACCUCUGACUACCUCAUCCGGGAUAUCAGUCGUGAAGAUAUUAUUUGUCAUGUGCAGAGGUGUGUCGAUGGCGGUGGUGUACGUGGUGACAGCGGCGCUGGUUUCCGCGCAGAUUACCUUCAGCCGAGAUUGGACCGGUGGGAAACGCGCGGCGCCGCAACUCGCUCUUGACUGCGGACAGUUCACUAGACUUUGUCGACAUUUCGUUCACGAAUUGAAGCAGGCGAUGUCAACCGAUAUGUCUACAAAGCGGCGUCGCGACGAGCCGGACAAGGUGGCACCCAUAUACGACGACGAGAAAUAGUUGAACACCAACCUGAUCCCCACCUUAUAAACAUCGUUAUGAAUGAGGCUGAACAUGUUCCCCACAUUUUCGGUUAUAAAUUGUAGAUUACUUGCAAUAUUUUGUUUUAGUUACUACUAGGGUUUAUGAAUGCACCCUUAUUUAUUUAUCUAUAAUAAUGCUCUAUUUUUCUUUAAUAAAAUAAAGCCCAUGUUACUCGCUAAUUGAAACAUACAUUAGGUUUUCUUAAGAGAA